CCUCUCGGACCAGUCGCUGUGACGUUCAUAUGUAACAUAUUAAAAAGGGAACAGAUCCGUUAGAGUAAUCGGAUUACUGUAACGCAGUCGGAGAGGUGGCGGCGGUGCGCCGUGCGCUCCGGAGUCUCCAUAAAAGUUAGUGCGCACAGAGCUGAGCCGUCAGACUGGGAAGAGACGCGGCGGAGCGAAGACUGGAGGCUGAAGUGAUCGAUGAGGACCGAGCCCCACUCUUGACAAUUUCACACAUCCACGGUGAGAGCGUGGCCUGGUGCUCCGGGUGACUCACCCACCGCAGGCCACUGACAGGACGCAGUUAGUUACCGCUUAUUAACCGCCUGAGUCCGGCAGCUUCUGUUGGGUUCUGGACUAUCGGAGCAGCUCUGGAUGCAGCCCGGGGAUCUCGGCUGUGCGGCGGAUGAGGUGCCCGCGCUGCCGCGUUAGAGGAAGAAGAAGAAGAAGAAGAAUCGUGCGUGAUUGUGAAAAAGCUGUUUGAUUUCACCCGGGGGGGUGAAAAAAAGAAAAAAGAAAAACACCGUUUGUUUUUUCGCCUUGUCCAGGACGCAAAUGUGUCCACAUCACAGACUCACCACUGGAUUGUAGCAGCGGCCCCACCGAUGGUUUAAAAAGGGCUUCAAGGUGCGGGAAGGGAGUGGGACAAUUACAGGAUGAGUGAACGAUACACGCAGAGCGGAAGUAAAGGGGCUCUACUCGUCAUGGUGCUGGUGAUCGGAGUCUGGGAGAUGACCGCGCCAACCGAGGGAGCUACAGCAGCUCACCAUGUCCGUACAGGCACCUGCGAGGUGGUGGCGUUGCAUCGCUGCUGCAACAAGAACAAAAUCGAGGAGCGGUCACAAACUGUGAAGUGCUCCUGCUUUCCCGGGCAAGUGGCCGGCACCACCAGAGCCGCUCCGUCAUGUGUAGAUGCCUCGAUAGUGGAGCAGAAGUGGUGGUGUCAGAUGCAUCCGUGCCUUGACGGGGAGGAAUGCAAAGUCCUUCCUGAUCUGAAGGGCUGGAGCUGCGCUACAGGGAACAAGAUCAAAACUACCAAGAUUUCUGCAGACAGAGACCAGCUUUGGUAACGUCAGAUGCUUCACAGCAGAGUCCAGGUGAAUCUACAGUUCUGGUCUUUGUUAGAUCAUCAGAGGAGAAGAGAGUAAUAAUGCAGAGGACCUUUCUGUAAAUAGAGACUUCCUUUCUUCUGGACCGCAGUUUAUCUUUGGAAAACUCUGAAUGCUUCUUCCUGAACUCUAUGGACAUCUGAAGAGAAGUAGAUCCUAUGAAAUGGUACUGAUCAGUCGACGCUUCUUCUUCGAAGGACUCCAUGUGAUUGGCCCUACCGGACGACAGGAUUUACCCUCUGACACUAUACUGCUCGUAGUGGAA